AGGCUGAGUGUUGUGGGAGCUGCUGCUGCUGCUGCUGUGGAGGAGAGCUCCUGCAGGGCUAUGGUUUGAGAGGUGAAGUUAUCGGCAGUGUGGCGCGGUGAGCUGAAACUGAGGGGAACAUUCUGGACUGAGCUCGAGCUGUGAAAGAGUUUUCCACUGUGAAGCUGCGGAGGAGAAGUUCUCACACUAGAUAACUAGUUAACUAGAUAACUGCAGCUCUCUGUACUGAGGAGGGGAGGUUUAGGUGGCAGAGGGAGGUGUUGACUGGCUGCUGGGGCUGCGGUGGGUUUGAGUGUUGUUAGAAAGGUCAACUAAAGUCAACUACCGGUAACUAAAACUAGCUGCUGCUGCUGCUGCUGUUGUUAUUUCUCCAGCCUGAUGUGAAAGUGAGUAGAGGAGCUCUCCUCCUGCAGGUAUCAUGGUGAAGCUGACAUCCCUCACCUCCUACUGGCCUCUCAUCAGAUUCCUCCUUCCUCUAGCCGUCACCAACAUUGCCAUCGACUUUGGAGAACAGGCUCUGAACAGAGGAAUCGCCUCAGUAAAGGAGGACCGUGUGGAGAUGCUGGCCAGCUAUGGACUGGCCUACUCUCUAAUGAAGUUCUUCACAGGACCCAUGAGUGAUUUUAAGAGCGUGGGAUUGGUGCUCGUUCACAGCAGGAGGGACAGAAAUAAGGCUGUGCUCUGUAUGGCUGUGGCUGGAACCAUAGCAAUGAUCCUCCAUAUUCUCAUAGCCUACACAGAUCUGGGAUAUUACGUCAUCAACAAGCUCCACCAUGUGGACGAAUCUGUCGGCAGCAAGACACGAAGGGCCUUCCUGUACCUCGCUCUGUUCCCUUUACUGGACUCCAUGGCAUGGAUUCACUCUGGCAUCCUUCUGAAGCACAAAUACAGCCUGCUGGUGGGUUCAGCCUCCAUCUCAGAUGUUGUAGCUCAGAUCGUGUUUGUAGCAAUUCUGCUCCAGAGUAAUCUAGAGUGUAUUGAGCCUCUGCUCAUUCCCAUCCUUUCUCUGUACAUGGGAGCAAUGGUGCGUUUUACUAUUGUGGGAAUGGGAUAUUACUGCAACGUCCAUGACACAGUCCCUCUGUCCAGCAGCCAGGAAGUGGGGGGAGAUACCACAAUAAGGACGAUGAUGAGUUUCUGGUGGCCGCUGGCUCUCAUUUUGGCCAUGCAGAGGAUCAGCCGGCCCGUCGUCAACCUCUUCGUGUCCAGAGACCUCAAAGGCAGUACUGCUGCAACAGAGGCUGUAGCAGUCCUCACAGCCACCUACCCCGUGGGACACAUGCCCUAUGGCUGGCUGACAGAACUGCGAGCUGUGUACCCUGCCUUCGACAAGAAUAAUCCCUCCAACAAACUGGCUGGUGCUUCUGCAGUGACCAAAUCUCAAAUCAAGAGGUUUACAUUAGCUUGCUUUACCCUAUCUGUAACGAUGUGUUUCAUGGUGUUCUGGAUCCCUGGUGUGUCUGAGCUGAUUCUGGUGGAUGUAAUUGGAGUGGAUGCGGAAUUCGCUAAACUCUGUGUGGUUCCUCUCCGGAUCUUCUCCUUCUUCCCUGUACCAGUGACUGUUCGAGCUCAUUUCACUGGAUGGUUGAUGACCCUGAAGAAGACCUUCGUGCUCGCCCCCAGCUCUGUGCUGCGAAUCGGCGUUCUGAUCACAAGCCUAAUUGUGCUUCCCUACGCGGGGGUGCAUGGAGCUACACUGGGUGUGGGCUCUCUACUGGCUGGAUUCCUUGGAGAGGCCACUAUGGUAGCCAUAGCUGCAUGCUAUGUGUACCGAAAACAGAGAAAAAAAUCGGACACUGAAGAGGUCAUGCAGGCACAUGACUCCGCCCCAAUGACCGAGGUCACGCCCAGGACUCAACUGGAUGACAUCCAAGAGAUAAGAGAGGAGCAUGCAGAAGAUGCAGAAGGAAGAGCUGAAGAAAGAGAGGGGUUUGUGCGGGGGGAUUAAGAUUGGGGUUAAGCCUGGACUGAAGAGAAGAGGAUGAAGAUGAAAUCUAAUGUCUUGAUCAGGAGGUUUUAUACAGUAUGUCCUGAAUAUUAACUCAAAUAGCUCUAAAAACUAUUAAAACCUCUGUAUCCCACUCUUUUAAAACAUGAGACAAUACAACAAGAACAUCUGCGGUGGGACAAUCAGACAAAAGCCUGAGUUUAUGUAUCGGCUAUGGCACUUUCUGCACUGAUGGAUUUUUUUUUUCUUGCACUUACAAGUUCUCACGUUUCUGCACAGCAGCCGACAAACGAUCCUCUGCCAAAGCUGGUGAUGUAGCCGGAGGAUGUUUGUAUUCUGUUCUUCACACUUAACCAUCACAAACAACUAACUAUGUGAAGGGAGAGAGAUGAUCCAGCACCCUCGGAUGCAUCAGCAGAAGAUUUGAAGGGGAGGGAACUUCUAGCUGCAAGACUUUUGCCAAAGUGAAACGUACCGGCUGCUCUUGUUUUAGGCCUUGAAAUGCACAACAGCUGUUAACGCACAACAGUUACACAAGAUUUAUUCUGGUGAAAUGUAUAUUUUUUGGGGGAUAGUAAAUACAUACAUUUUAUUAUUUUUAACAGAUUCUCAGCUAUUUUUAUAAAUGUUAAAUAUAAAGUCUUUGUUUUGUCUAAGUCUUCUAUUUUUGUAUCAUUAUUGUAGAGAAACUGGCCUUAAUUGAUUUAUUCUUUGUUUCAAGGAAAGCCCCCAGAGUUAACAUGAAUGCAGACCUUUUAUUCAAUGAUCAGCUAUGAUAUUAGUACCACUGAUGGGUUAAAGGGGAAGAGAUGGGACCUACAUAUCAGGCUGCAGAUGAACAGUCAAAAAUGGGAAGCCUAGACUACAAUAAGUCAGAGCAACUCCAGGACAUCAGGCAGGUCUUGUGGAAUGUUCCUGGUAUAAGGAGGUACCAGCGACAUGGCCACAGUCACCUAAGACUAUAUGCAGUAGGCUAUGUUCACAUUACCAGGCUGAAGUGACUCAAAUCUGAUUUUUUUUUUUUGCUUAAUGUGGCCCAGAUCUGAUUUUUUUAUGGCUGUCUGAACGUGCCAAAUCCGUUUUUUCAAUUCAGAUUUGAGUUUCUUUUGUAUGUGCUCCUAAAUCAGAUACGUAUCCGAUCCAUGGACAUGCGACAUGAAUGUGAACGUUCAAAACGCAAUUCAUGCAUACUUUUUUUUGUUUUUACGCAUGCGCUACCUGCUUCUCUCUCGUACUACACACAUCUCUUGGUGCAGCUGUGCAGCUAUAACUGCAAAAACAGCAAAAGCAAACCGCCUGACCUUUUUUCACCUCCUCGACCUGAGCAUGUACUUCAGACCAGCUGUUUGCUGUUUCUCCACUCCAGCAAAAGAUGCUCCACAUAUGAGCUGAUAACGCAUCUAUUACCCUUUAUAAAGCUACGAGUCGUCUCUCAAAUAUCACAUUUUUUGUUGUGGUGAAGAAGGCGACAUUUAUACACAUUGUUCACAUUACACACAGAUACAGAUCACUUACAUAUGUGAAUGUGAACCAUCAAGAUAGCCAAAUCCAAUCUGAGCAACAACAAUAAAAAAAAAAAACAGAUUUGAGCAAUGUGGCUCGUAAUGUGAACAUCGCCAAAAAGAACAUAAAAGAUUUGCUGCUGAUGUCUUGGUGCUAGCUAUCACAGGAUGUUUUGAGUCUGAUGUGUUAAGACCUUCUAAUGUCAUGUCUGAUCAUUGUAUGGUCAUUGUUCUUCUAACCAAUUGAGAACCAAGUAUGAUAUACUCUAGUUCUGUGCUGGUUGGUUUGUACACAGCGUGAAAAGCUACAUUGACUGAUGGUUUCUUUUAUUCUUUUGUAAUUAUAGUUCCAGUGAAGCUUUUAGAACCACAAUCAAAACAAAGUCCUUGAUUUAAAUCACAGUAUCUGUGGACUCAAUGACCUCUUCAGACCUUCAUGCCCUCAUGAUUCACAAAGUCUCAGAAGGCCGGCACAAACACAACUCUCAACUUUUUUUUUUUUUUUUUUUUUUUUUUGUUUUGGGCGAUUCAAUUUUUUUGCUGAAAAAGAUUGACUAAUUUUUACUGAACAGUGACUUUUAAUUUUAAGUCAUGUUGUGGUUGGUACUGUAUGCCUGCUGGUAUCUUUAAACUGUUAAGUGUUCAAUUAAUACUUUUUCUUUAAGAAGCAAUACAAAAAUACAUUUAAGCUAUUACGCUAUUUAUGCAAUGGUACAAAACGUGUAAAAUGACUUUUAAAAAACCUGCGAAAAAGGUCCAAAUUUAAUUGCAUGCAAUAUUCCUUGUCAUGUAUCAUUAGAGUUAGAGAGAAAGAGAGCAUCAAAUCAUUUGAUGUUUGAGGCAUUGUAAUGGUAAUAAUAAGCUCCUAAAUAUGAACUGUCAGCUUCCUGGUCUCUUAGUCUUUAUCAAGUAUCUAUUUACCGGUAGAUGUUCUAUAUGCAUGUGGUUUGGUGGGCUUGUUUUUCAGUUGCACAUUAGAUUUUUUCUCAUCUGUUAUUACAGAGGUAAUUACAGUGUGAUGCACCUAAAGGGAGCAACAAUACUUCAUUGAAAACUGGUCUCAGUGGAACAGUUAUGCAAAGAUGAGAUGGUCUCUGAACUUGAUGCAGGUCUUUCGGGCUUGUAACAUUUCCUCUGGUGCUAAUAUUGUGUAAUCAGUGUCCUCAUAGAUCACAAUUAGACCAGGUACAAGGAAAAACUAUUGUUUUCUGUUCUAUAUCUAUCAGAGCUACAUUAGAUUUGCUCAGUGUCAUUUAUUUCAGUCCAUUUUCAGACAUGUCACAGUAAUGUCCAUAUAUCGUACGAGAAGUCAAUAAUGUAAUGACCUCAAUCAUUUUUGCUGACCUUGAAAAUUGUCCUUAACUUUUGCUUAGCACGAUAGCCCAAUAAAGGUGAACGAGCUGGUACUGUA